AUGUUCAGCAUUGUUCGCACUAGUUCUGUGUCCCGCCUGCCUGCCCAUCUAGCACUGCCUGCCUCUCACCUUCCGCCACCACCACCCCCUCCUCUCGCCCCUCCGACACCAUGUGGAGGAGUCCAGAUGAUGGCAGUUGUCCCAGACCCCCAGGGGCCAUCCCACUGGUGCACAAACUGCCCCGAACUGCAACGCUCAGGGUCGUUUGGGGUCCUGCUUGCCCCGCUGCCCACCUGGUUCACCCCACCACCACCCCCUCGCCCUCCUCACCCUCCACUGCCGCCUCUCGCCAUCCAACACCCCCAGGGGCUGUCCAAUGAUGCCCCUGGUGCACGAACGAGCUCGAACUUCAGAGGGCUGUCCAAUGAUGCCCCUGGUGCACGAACACCCAAACUGCGAUGUUCAGGGUCGUUUGGGCUCGUUCUCACCCCGCCGCCUGCCUGGUUCACCCCACCACCACCCCCCUUGCCCCCUUGCCCCGCCUCUCGCCAUCCAACACCCCCAGGGGCUGUCCAACGACGCCCCGGCCUCCACAGAGCCCUGACGACAACAAAGGACGCCAAACACAUAUGUUCAGCAUUUGCACCCUCAACUGCCCAUGUCUCGCCCUCCAUCAUCACCACCACCUCCUCUCCCCCUUCUGACGCCCCUCCCCUGUCCAAAUGGCCACCCAGGACGACGAACGAUGCCAAACAUCCAAGUUUGGUCUCAUUUGCAGUUGUUCUCUGCCCUGCCCACCCCUUCUCACCCUCCUGCCCUCCCUCUCAACUUCCACCACCACCAAUGAUGCUUCUCGCCCCUCCAACUACCAGCCCCCAUCCCUCUCAUCCAUCCACAACCACUAAUCACAUCCAACAAUGGCCCUGGAUGCUGACACCCACCUGCCCAUCGCCUUUGAAUGCCUUUCUCCUCCUCCUCCUCUCCCCAAGAGUUCAUGUCUCACCUGCCUCUUUUAAUCAGUAG